ACGCCUCGCCAACAUGAACGCCUCUUUAUCCACCUCCCAACUCCUUUGCAUCAUGCCUGUCUUGGCUAUCCUGCUCCUUGCCUUUGGUAAACUUUUAUCCCGCCGGCAGUGCCGUUCUCCAGUAGAUGGACAUGGCUCCGCCGUGCUGAUAACCGGCUGUGACAGCGGCUUUGGAUACGAGCUGGCUCGAUGCUUGGACCGCAAGGGGUUUGUGGUCUUUGCCGGCUGUUUGUUUCCACAGGGAAUGGAUGCCCAGAACCUGGCCAGAGAGAGCUCCGGUAAUUUGAAAAUCCUCAAACUGGAUGUCACCAGUGAUGCAGAUGUGCAGCAGGCAAAGAGGAUUGUCAAGGAGAACCUACCAGAAAAAGGCCUGUGGGCAGUGGUUAACAACGCCGGCAUCUCAGACUGGGCAGAGAUAGAGUGGAGCACAAUAGAAGACUUCCGCCACAUGGUGGACAUCAACCUCUUUGGCUGCAUCAGAAUGACUGUGGCCUUCCUGCCUUUGGUGCGUGCUGCAAAAGGCCGGAUGGUUUUCGUGUCGAGCAUCUUCUCUUUCUUCAACUGUCUGAACAUGGGAAGUUACAGCGUGUCAAAGCGAGGACUGGAGGCGUUUGCCGACUGCUUACGGGUGGAAAUGGCCAGCUUUGGUGUGAAGGUUAGCAUCAUUCAGCCAGGGAACUUUUGCCAAGCCACCAACAUUGUGAAGAUGAAGACCCUGUCCGAUAUUUGGGUAAAGUUCGAUGAUGAGCGCAAGCAAAUCUUCAACCAAGCCUACAUUGAGCUGGCCAUCGAGUACUUUGUCUCAACAUGCAAGAUGGGCUUCAGCAACGCAGACAAGGUCAUCACUGCCAUGCUGCAUGCCCUUACAGCCCCUCACCCAAGACAUAGGUACAUGGUAGUCUCAAUCAUGGAUCGGGUGUGCUUCCAGCUCUACCUUUUGCUCCCCACUGCGCUCACUGACUCUGUGUUUUCUUUUAGUUCCAUGUAUGCUAAAAGAAAAGAAAUGUUGUAUGUGAAGUAGGAAAAUACUUUUCAUUGUUUUUAUUUAACUCUCAAAUGAUGUGUAAAUGACGUUCUGUUCGGUAAUCAUCUCCAUGUCAUAAAGCUUUAGUAGAAAACCUCUUUUAAGACGAUGUCACAUAGAAUUAAGCAAAAGAUGUGCAAAAGAGAAACUAUUUAUUUCGGAGACUUUGGAGAAAGGUGCUUCAGUAUACAAAUUAAGAAAAAUAAGUCUUGAAUCCUAAGAUAAAUGCCCAUUAAACAACAAAGACAAAUGUUCUUAAUUUCACAUAUGGCCAUUUGUCUCUCUUGCACAAGAUAGCAAACUGCUUGGGGCACUCUUGUGUAUGACCUCCUCACUCCAACAUCACUCAUGCCACAGAAUCCUGAUUGUAGAUGUGUAUAUGCUAUGUUAUGUGUUUUUAUUAAAAAAAAUAUAUGGACAUUUUUCUCUUGGGGUGACUGAUAAACGUGAUAAACCAUUUACGAUGGGCCUGCAUCUUUUGUGUAUUAAAAAUGUAUCACUAUGUUCAGAAUACCUAUUAUCAGAAUGUGUUUUCCUGAAAUCAAUUUGACAUCCUGCUCUUGUGAUGCGUGUAAUCUGUGGGAGCAAAAAUAAAUUGCUAGUGCUUGUUCGAGCCUUGAGAUUAGCUUUCAUUUUUUUAUGUAACCAUAACACUGAGACAGAUUUUUCCAAACAAAUUCUGAAAAAUGACUGGCUUUUUCUGAUAAUGAACACUUCGCCGAUAGAAC